AUGGCGCCUCCAAUCUCCGUUGAAGAUCUUUGCAAAAAAUGUCGCGAAUUGCCAUGGGAAACCAACCGAAGAUAUACCAGGCCUCCAGUGUACCAUCCUGUCGAUCAUCACAAAUCCUUAGGCGACCUACGAAACUCAGCCAAGGAUGGAUGUCGCACAUGUCAAAUAUUUUGGCUAUAUAUCCUAGAUCAAAUCAAAACGAAGGUAGACGAUGGUUUUGAACUAAAAUUUGCGUGGAAAAAGGAAUUUCCUGUUUCUCGGAUAAAGAUCGCAGGUUUUUCUCAGAGCUUCAAGAGCGGAGACCGUGGAAGAAUGGCGGAAGACAUAAGCAUGGAGCGCUCCCAAUUCACCGUGCAUCACACCAGGAGAGACUUUGACGAUAUCCAAUUCUCCGAGGGUCAAGUGCAAGUAUCCAUGCCGAGGCCGAAAAUCACGACAGGUGAAACAUUCACGGUAAACAAGGAAUUCAUGGCGCGUAUUGGCGUCUAUUUUGAUGCCGCUGCUGGUGAAAAAAUAAAUUCUGUUCCGUAUGACAAUUUGGAACGUAUUAUGCAAGGCAUUGUUACGCCAUGGGCGAAUGGCUGCGUCCAAAGUCACUACGAAUGCCGAGCAUUGCAAAAGCUGUUCUUCGAAAGUGGUGCACCCACUCGGUUGAUAGAUGUUGGCACGACAGACGAGGAUAACGUUAAGCUGGUUGAUACGGGUGGACUAUCAAAGCCACGAUAUCUGAUUUUGAGUUAUUGCUGGGGCACAUCGAAUGACCACUCGAAGACUACUCAAGCCAACAUAGAGCAAAGGAGAGUAUCGAUCCAGAUAGAAGUACUUCCUAAAACAAUCCGCGAUACCAUUGCCAUCACCAGGCAUAUGGGAGUACAGUAUCUCUGGGUUGAUGCCAUAUGCAUUAUUCAGCAAAAUGACGAUGGCUUUCUUGACGACUGGAAGAUCGAAGCUGCCAAGAUGUCAGGAUACUAUUCCAACGCACUGUGCUGCAUAUCAAAUCUGAGCGCCACAGACAGCUCAGAGGGCUUUCUGCGAGAAAACCAAGCAGAGCUUCGGCAAGGGGUACAUAAACGAAAGGGAGCAGAACACUUCUACCACAGGGGUCAAAAUAUUAUCAUCUACUUGCCAAGACACAUAGAAAAUUGGACUACACAAUGGAACAAUUCCCCAUUAAUGCGCCGAGCUUGGGCCCUCCAAGAAUGGAUUCUUUCUCCCCGGAUUUUGUAUUGCACCAAAGUCGGGAUGUUUAUGGAGUGCAACGGAGGCGUAUAUUCAACUAAUGACCCUUUCACGAAGCUCGCAGCAGCCUGGCAACACACUCGUGAAUUAAGAGAUGUCCUAAGAAAAUCCACCGAAACCGACGCUAUCACCAAACACCUAGCACUCGCCGGAUCUAUCGGAUUCGCCAAAUCUGCCGAAUUCGCCAUAGCUCAGAUUGGUGAUUUGUGGAUGAACCUGGUCACUUUCUAUUCUACGAUGAAUCUUACCGAUCCUACAGACCGCCUUGUUGCUAUCGACGGAAUCGCCCGUCUUUUCUGCGCAAAAUACAACAUCGGAUACUUUGCCGGCGUUCUCAAUACUCGCAUUGCCCAAACGCUGCUUUGGAAACGGAACGAGCCGAUAGAAGAAGGAAUCUCAGCUGUCAUCCAACUUUUCCCUAGCUGGUCAUGGUCGUCCACCAGGGAUGUUGAGUUUCCAGAGUUUGGGAGGGGCAUAUCUUACGUUACAUGUAUCAACGGUCGUUGCUUCUACUUAUCCGACAGGGUGGUAAACUAUGCCGACUAUUCUGAGACUUUAUUCCCAUUACGAGGCCCUAUUUUGCCCUUUCCUGUUGUUUCUUAUUUUGGACUGCCUUUUCGUGCCGUCCGUCUUCUUGUCGACCACAAUAGUCCUUUGUGGGGUGGAGAACUUAUCACCAUUUACAUGGACUCUACGAAGGAGCGCACCAAACUAAUAGAACUCGCCAUAGACAGAGAGAAAAUGAAACUCAUAGGACAAUGGAGACUCUUAAUUUGUUUGAGAAACCCCACCACAAAGGUUUCAUCAGUUAAUGAUUCUAAGACAUUAGUACUAUUGGAUAUCGACGCAUAG